AUUUAAGAAUGAUUUUGUGCAAAAACUUUUCAUUCUCCCCUAUUUUUCCUUGUCAAUGGGAAAAUUAAACUAGCAGGUUCGAAGAGCCAAAUAUAUCUAGUUCCAGACUUAAAUGGCAGUCCCAAAACACCAAUUUCCCAUGGCAGCAACACAACGCCUGUGUCUUCCCAAAUACACCAUCAGAGGCACAGCAACUUGUGCUUCACUUGUCAGCACAACCCACGUCGUAAAUUCCCCAGAAUCGCCCAUUUCUGAACCACAACACUUUGCUAAUGGUUCUUCAACCCCAUCAUCUGAUGACACAUUUUUAGUCCAGAAAAUUUUGUGGAACCUCAAACAAGGUAAGCCAAUAACCAAUCCUUUACAUGGUUUAAACCCAUCUAGUUUUCUUGAAGUUCUUGGUAAUUGUCGUGAUAAUUUGCAUUUAGCACAGAAAUUCAUCAACUUGGCUUCUGUAAAUUGUCCUAAUUUCAAACAUUGCUCGAGGUCAUUGAGUGCUACUGUACAUAUGUUGAUUAGGUGUAAGAGGGUAGCUGAUGCACAGGCUUUUAUCCUAAGAAUGAUUAGAAGAAGUGGGGUUUCAAGAAUUGAGAUUGUGGAAUCGUUUGUGUCAACUUAUGGGUUAUGCGGGUCGAAUCCAUAUGCUUUUGAUUUGCUGAUUAGGACUUAUGUACAAGCUAGAAAGAUUAGGGAGGCUGUAGAAGUAUUUAGGUUGUUGCAAAGGAGGAAUCUUUGUGUUCCGAUAAAUGCGUGCAAUGGUCUUCUAGGAGGGCUUGUCAAGAUUGGUUGGGUUGACUUGGCAUGGGAGGUGUAUGGUGAGAUGACAGGGAGUAGCAUUCAGCCAAAUGUGUAUACCCUCAAUAUAAUGGUGAAUGCUUUGUGUAAAGAUGGGAAAAUUGAAAGCGUGAAUCCAUUUAUUGAAGAAAUGGAAAAGACGGGAAUUUUUCCGGAUAUGGUAACUUACAAUACUUUGAUAAAUGCAUAUUGUCACGAGGGCCUUCUUGAAGAAGCCUUUGGAGUAAUAAACAUUAUGAAAGCUACAGGGUUAAGACCUUGUCUUUUAACUUUUAAUUCUAUUCUCAAUGGUUUGUGUAAGAAUGGACAAUAUAGGAGAGCAAGGGAACUGUUGGUUGAGAUGGCAGAGAGUGGACUUGCCCCUGACACUGCUAGUUAUAAUGCAUUGCUUGCUGAGUGCUGUAGGACAGGUAACGUGCUGGAGGCAGAAUCUGUUUUCAAAGAAAUGUCGUGUCGAGCUAUCAUCCCUGAUUUGGUUAGUUAUAGUUCUCUUAUUGGGUUGUUUUCAAGAACUGGUCGUCUCGACCGCUCAUUGGCAUACUAUGAGCAUAUGAAACGCAAGGGUCUUACACCAGAUAAUGUAGUCUACACAAUUCUCAUUAGUGGAUUUUGUAGAAAUGGUUCUAUGAAGGAGGCUAUGAAGAUGCGUGAUGAAAUGCUGGAGCAGAGUUUAGUUAUUGAUGUGGUGACUUACAAUGCUAUAUUGAAUGGGUUAUGCAAAGGAAAGAUGCUUCAUGAAGCUGAUGAGCUUUUCAAUGAGAUGUUGGAAAGAGGUGUAAAUCCUGAUUUUUACACUUUUACCACGCUUAUCAAUGGAUAUUGCAAGUGUGGUAACAUGGACAAAGCACAGACCCUGUUUGAAGCCAUGCUACUGAGAAACCUCAAGCCUGAUGUUGUGACAUAUAACAGCUUGAUUGAUGGAUUUUGUAAGGUUGGUGAUAUGAAAAUGGCUUUUAGGUUAAGGGAUGAGAUGAUCUCUGUAAAUAUUUCUCCAAAUUAUAUUACUUAUAGUAUUCUCAUAAAUGGCUUUUGUAAUAAGGGUUGUGUAUCUGAUGCAUUAAGGCAAUGGGAUGAGAUGAUUAUCCUAGGUAUCAAACCUACUAUUGUGACUUGCAACUCUAUUAUCAAGGGCUAUUGCAGGUCUGGUGAUGCUUCAAGGGCAGCUAAGUUUCUGAACAAGAUGCAGUCCGAAGGAUUAUUUCCUGAUUCAAUUACGUACAAUACUCUUCUUGAUGGGUUUAUAAGAGAGGAGAAUAUGGAUAAAGCUUUAGAUUUGGUUAAUGAAAUGGGUAAUCAAGGUCUGUCACCUGAUGUUAUUAGCUAUAAUACCAUACUGGAUGGUUUCUGUAAAUUUGGUAGAAUGCAGGAAGCAAACAUGCUGUAUAGGAAAAUGGUUGAGAGGGGUAUUAACCCCGACAGAACCACAUAUACAUCAUUGAUAAAUGGACAUGUCUCUCAGGAUAACUUGAAGGAGGCUUUUCGUUUUCAUGAUGAAAUGUUGCAGAGGGGAUUCAUUCCUGAUGACAAGUUUUAACCUCCUUGCUGUUUGAGCCAACUAAAGUUUAUGAUCAUCAAUUUCCGCCAUUUUGCGAGUUCUGCUUUUUGCAGUUUCAGUGAAACUAUGGAGAAAUCACUUGCUGGAGCAGAUAUUUAUGGGUGCUCAACUGGACAUCUGCUCUCUUAGGAAUUGUCUGUUAGACAUUAUCCAGACACAGGGCAGUGCUUCAUUUUCAGAAAUGUGCUUUUGGCUGCGGUGACCUUUUGGUAGAGUUGUGAUUAAGAUUUCCAUCAAGGUUGAAUAUGCUGAGGUUCCUCUUUCAUCUGUCAGUUUGAUAGUUCACUCUGUGGACUCACAAUUUGUGAAAGAGCAUACUAUGUACCAAGUUUUUGACCUAGUUUCUUGGCUCCACGCUUGUUUCCACUUCCUGGUAAUGUUAUUAUCAUAUCAGAUAUCACAUAUAAUAUAAACACUACAAAUCAAUAUAUUCCCCACAUAGGUUGCAACUUCUGCUAACAAUACAUAAUGUUUCAAGUAGCCAAUGACUCUCUAUAUUGGAUUGUGUUUUCUAUUGAGCGUGUGUAUGGUAUGGUGUCUAAACCUAUGUUGCUUGAAAUCUUCAAAAAUGUUGCCGGAUGCAUGUUGGAUCCUCCAAAAGUCCGACAGGGGUGCAACAAUGUUUUUGAAGAGUCCGAGCAAAAUAGGUCCAAACCAUGUUAGGACAAAAUUCUUCAGUUAUUUUGUUGGACGGGGUAGUCGCCAUGGUUUCUCUAUGGUUUCCCUAUCCGAUAUGUAAUGGUAUUAAAAUGCUUUACUCAG